AGUAGAAUUUAGACGUUGGUGCGUGACAACCCACAGAGUAGGUUACGUGUCAGGUUUGAACUGUCAAAAUUCCCCAUGUGGUCGAGAUUCGUACGCUACAGAACCGUAUUAAACGUCGGAAAAUUAUUAUCCGGUGUCUCGGUUCGAACUAGGAUCGUUUUUACACCCGAAACACGUUAUUUCCGUCCAUCCCGUCGUCUAUUGGGCACCGCCCAGGGCGAAGUGAACAGUGUCGAGUUCGAGCGAGUCUGCAACGAGACCCUAGAAUCGCUCUGCGACUUCUUCGAGGUUUUGGUCGAGUCGCGCGAACAGCUGCGAGGCGGCGAUGUGACUUACAGCGACGGAGUGCUCACAGUCGCCCUCGGAAACAACGGCACUUACGUUAUCAACCGGCAGACACCGAAUAAGCAGAUCUGGCUCAGUUCGCCUUCUUCGGGGCCGAAGCGCUACGAUUUCGAUCCACAGAGGAACACGUGGGUCUACAAACAUGACAACAUACCCUUGCACACACUCCUCAAACAAGAACUUUCCAUCAUCCUCAAUGAUAACAUAGACCUCUCAAUGUGCACAUACUCGGAAAAAACGCUUUAGCACCAAAUUAGACAAAUCAUAAAUAAAAUAAUAGAUUUUAUUAUUAAUAUCAACAUAAUUUGCUGAUAUAGUUAAAUGUUUUAUGUAACAGUGUUAUCUGUUUGAAAAUACACAAUUGGCAGAUACAUCUUGCAUUAUUCAGUAUAUACCAAGGGUGGGCUUGGUUCUUAAAAUGAAAUGUACUGUAAAAUACAAAAAAAAAAUAAUUACAACAAACAGUUUAAAAUUUAAUCAAUGUUACAUAUAUUCUAAUGAGAGCCCACUAUGGUAUAUACUCAUGGUGAGAAAAAAAAAAAUGUUUCGGAUUGUUAAUAAUGAUUUAACAUGUAAAGUUGUAUAGUUAUGGGAAAUUUCCUCAUUAUCUUAAAGACUGAAUUGAUGUAAUAUAAGAAAUAUAAUUUAUAAG